AUGUCUGGCGAAGACGUUCAACCUCUUGUCCUUGACACUGGUUCAUUCCGCACCAAGGCUGGAUUUUCUGGUGAUGAUGCUCCUCGUGCUCUCCCGACCGUGAUUGGUAAUAGCCAUAUGGGUGAUGAAGCAAUCUCAAAUGGUGAACCCCUGAUCAACCUAAUCCAAAACGGCACCGUCACAGACUGGGAUGCGCUUUUCAAAAUCUACCACUACGCCUUCUAUAAAGGGCUCAACGUUGCCACCGAAGAGCACCCAAUCCUACUGGCGGAAUCUCCAUUCACCUCCCAGGCAGAUCGGGAGAAGGUAGUGAAGUUGAUGUUUGAGACCUUCAACGUCCCCGCACUUAACAUUGUGCCUGAUGCUGUGCUGGCAGCGUAUGCAUCCCAACGCGUAACCGCACUUGUUGUUAAUGUUGGGACUGAAUCAGCUCAAAUCGUCCCUAUUAUCGAAGGGAAGUGUCAAGCUCAAGCAGCAUGUCAAGUUUCUCUCAACGAUGUCUCGGUCGGAAUAGAGAAUGUUCUACAGAACUUUGACAGCAGUACCCAGAGUUCUUUGUAUAACAGCGUUGUUCUGGAUGGAAGCAGCCAGAGUCCAGGCUUGGCGGAUCACGUUCACAAUGAAAUCUUCCGCGUUGUGCCCGAAUCUGCAUCUGUGAAUGUAAUUCAGCCUGCGAAUCCCGGUUAUGCAGUCUGGUUGGGCGGUACUGUUUUGGCUUCCCAAGAGGGCGCGAUUGAACAGUUUACUUGCUCCGGGGGUCUCUACCGUAUCGAGACGAAAUACCUCAAUGCAGCUCUGCAUGAUUCCACCUUGGCAGCCAACGUUGAGGACUACACAACGCGAUUUGCUUUUACGCCGAGUACGGGAGGGACUACUAUUGAUGCGGAUGGAAAUAUCUAUGUUAGCGAUACCCAGACGUUGUCUAUCUGGAAAGUUACUUUAGAUGGAUAUACGAGCAUCAUCCUUCAGGACGAUCGGUUGUUAUGGACUGAUCUUAUGUGGAUCAUUGCCGAUAAGAAGCUUUGGAUGCCAGCAUCUCAGAUGCGAUCAGGUGGUGAUGGUCUAAUGGCUGCUGGUCCUAAUUAUAUCUUCACCUACCCUAUUGAUGCUGGCCCCUCGCCAAUCGACCAUGCAUAG